GGGCAGAAAGACGCAGUCAGGAAUCAUCGGAUCAACCGGAGUGGACAUACAGCGCCGGGCUCGAGACCAGGACCUUGGAGAGCGCCGCGGAUAGCGCCAAACGCAGACAGCUCUCUCUCUAGUGCACAUGUGUAAAGCGAUGUUACAACGGACCGGCCCCCAGCUGCUCCUCCUAAUAGCCCUGUGCAGUGUGUUGUACUCCCGGACCCUGAGUCUGCCAUACACAUCCAUGAGACCGACGAGACACGCCGACGGUCUGUUCACCAGCGGAUACAGCAAACUCCUGGGGCAGCUCUCGGCGCGGAGGUACCUGGAGUCUCUGAUCGGCAAGCGGGUCAGCGACGAGCUGAUGGAGGAGCCGGUGAAGCGUCACUCGGACGCCAUCUUCACAGACAACUACAGCCGCUUCCGCAAACAGAUGGCCGUCAAGAAGUACCUGAACUCGGUCUUGACGGGGAAGAGGAGCCUAGAAGAUCCCGGUGCCAGCGACCCGGAGGAGUCCAGGGACGACCCCAACACUUUCCAGGAGAGCUACGACGACAUCAACGUAGAUCACCUGCUAAACAACUUUCAACUGCCACUUUGAGGAGGGGCCCCGCGCUCGUGUGAAUACCUCAACUCAUCCUCAUGAAAAACCGCCCAUUCCAAACAACAACAACAACAACAACAACAACAGUAUUAAUCCAAAAGGACAGUCGCAAUCAAAUGAACCAACGAUGAUGAUGAUGAUGAUGAUGAUGUGUUCCUCCGAUGUGGUUAUCUAUCUAUCCAUCCACACAGUACAUGUUUACACUGUAUAUACACACACACACACAAUAUUAAUCACUAAAGAUUAUGUGCAGUUUGCUUCGAUCAACGUUCCGAGAUAGAGACGGCACCGGCAUGGCAACAGUAACUAGAAACAGAAGUACGUCUUUCACUUUUUUCCCUUUUUCUUCUAAGACCAGUGUUGUUCCAUUGACUUGCGAUGGGAACUUUUCUGCCCCCGGUAACGUCUGUAAGGGAUCUGUCGGUGGAAACGUUCGACCCGUUUGAACGUCAACAGUUUCUCCAUUGAUCUCCUGUUUUGACCGACACUUGUUCAAUUAGUGUUGAAUGGGGAAAACUAUAUAUAUAUAUAUAUGAUUCAAUUCUUAUGAAUUUUCCACCCACAAAAGUUCCCUUAACUUCCGGCGGAGGACACCUUAACUUGUUGCUCCUUAACUUACCUGCUUGGCGGAAACAGAAGUGUAACAAACUGUCUCACUGACUUCAGCUGAAGCACGGCCCCCGUUACUUUUAAUAGUAAGUAGAGUUAUUUAAAAUAUUGAAUGUAACAUUGCUUCGAGAUCAUUGUUGCACUAUCAACUUUUAAUGGAAAGAUUUUCCUGAAAGUAUACUUUUGACGGAAUAAACGUUCUAUUGAAUUUGAGCAUAAUUUGUUUCAUUUAAUUUUUAGCAAGUUGAACCGGUUGAACUUUAACUGAUCAGCCGUCUCGUUUACGUUCAGUUGAUCCACUGUCACUUUAAGAGAAAAACUAGCUCAUUAUGAAUCCGUCUGAUUUACUAAUCAAUAUUGACAUUACAGUAUAGAGCACAAUUAGCUUUCGGUGGAAUAACUGCUUUGGAACCAAACUUUAACUGAACCAUGGUCCAAUUUAUAUUUUUAUCAAAUGGAAUUUAGUGGAACGUUUGUCACAUUUUCAAUUGAACCAUUUUGCCAAAUAAUAAGUUCUAAUCUGAUUGAAUUCCGGUGACAAUUAUUCUUUUAACUUUCAUUUCAACAUUUCAAACAAAAAAAACAACCAUAUCCUUAGAAGUUUGGCGACUCUUUCGUUAGCUUAGCAUCGCCUAAUUAGCUUUGAAUGCAACGUUGAACAGUUAAUGAACGGUUUCAUUAACUUUCGAGGGAGCGCCUCAGAUUAAUAAUCUCCAUUACCUUUCACAUGUCACAAGUGUUCUAUUAAUUUUCAAUGGAAAUGUUUCCACCUCAUCACGUUUCACGGCGUAAAUUGAGGUAUAAAAUUUAACCCAUUAACUUAACGUUUGACCUGUUGAUCGUCAAUGGAACAGCGCUGGUUUUCAUUUAUCGAUUUCAUUGUCAUCAUGGUACCUCGUUUAUGAUUGCACCAUUGAUUUUUCAAAGGUGCAAUCAGGAUCCAAGUGCCGACUUAGUCGCAUUAAAGAAUCCAAAAGUGAUUAUUCGACGAUAAAAACAGAUAAACAAGAGGAAGAGGAAGGGGAACACAUAUGCAUAUAAUCACUUUAUACUAUUCAACAUGUAGAGCAAAGCAGUUAUAUCAUGUGCAUUGACCUGCCUGUAGCGCAUAAUAGUGAUGUACGCCACUCACCAAAUAAAAAGAUGUUGGUUUAUUUUUCACAGCCG